AGAAUCUUGUUUAAAUAUAUAGAUACUCAUUAUUAGUGUUAUACUAUACAUAGUCUGGUUUAGUUAGUUAGUAGAACAAUCGAAAUGAUGAUUAAAAUAAUUCGUAAACCAUUAAUUACUACCAUUGCAUUAUUAUCUAUAAUGGGAGCAAUAUAUUUUAUGACUUCAAGUCAUUCAAAUAUAGAAGUAAGUUUAGGACCCAAUACUCCUAUGAGUUUAAUAAAAAGUGGAAUUAAUAAAUUUAAUAAUUUUGGUGAAUCUCCAACUCCUCCACCUAAGGAAGCACUUCUUAAUAAACAAGAAAUAAUUGAUGAUGUUGAAUCAACAGUUGCUGAUAAAGAUAAAUCUAUCUCAGAUUUGAAUAAAGAUUAUGGGAGUGAUAGUGUAGAUGAUGAUCCUAAGGAUGUAUAUGCUGACGAAGAUGCUAAUACAGAAGAAAGUACCAAAAGUAAAGGAUCAAAAGCUGCAAAGAAGGUCAAAUCUAAAGAAAUCAAUGAAAAGAUUUUAGAUAGUGGUGAUGAAAUCGGUGGUGAUCUUAUAAGUGAAAAUUUAGGAAUCACUGAAACUCCAUUUAUGCCUCAAAUGAAUAAUGCAACAUUAAAAGCUCAAUUAGGUAAUGCAGCAUGGAAAUUAUUUCAUACUAUAUUAGCAAGAUAUCCUGAUAAACCAUCAGUUCAGGAAAGAAAUACAUUGAGUCAAUACAUUCAAUUAUUUGGUCAAAUUUAUCCAUGUGGAGAUUGUGCACGUCAUUUCCAAAAAUUAUUAAAGAAAUACCCUCCCCAAACUUCAUCAAGAAAAACAGCAGCAUUAUGGGGAUGUGAUAUUCAUAAUAAAGUUAAUGAAAGGUUGAGUAAACCAGAAUAUGAUUGUACGACUAUUUUAGAAGAUUAUGAUUGUGGUUGUGGAGAAGAUGAGAAAGAGGCGGAUCGUACUUUGGGAGGAGAAACCAUGGAUCAUUUGAGAAAGAUUAAAGUUGAAGAGAUUGAAGAAGAUGGACAAUUGGGAGGUUAGAUAUUAUAUAUUUAAUUACAAGUCAAUUACUACUGUGAACGAUUAAUUAAUACGCAUUAAAACCUACUUAUUGGUAUUUUAUUAUUAUUAUUAUUAUUACUAUUAUUAUAUAUUAUGAUUAUGAUUAUAAUCUUGUUAUUUUAUUAUUGGCAUUCGUAUAUUCUCGU